CCCCUCCGAUCCGCCAUGCCUCCCCUCGCCAGCUCCCUCCUCCUCUCCCGCUCCGCCGCGGGGCCCGGCCACGCGCGGGCCAGCGCCGCCGCCGCGGCCGCGAUCUCCAGGCCCGCCGCCGCCCCCGCCUCGGAGCCCGCUCCCUGCCCCUCCCCGUCCCCGCUCCACGCGGCCCGCGGCGGCCAGGGCCCGCGCGGGGCCUUCGCGUCGGGCCUCGCGGGCCGCCUCUUCGGCGGCCGCCGCGCCGCCGCCCGCUCCUCGUCCUCCGCCGCCGCCGUCUUCGAGCGCCGAUUCGCCUCCGCCGCCACGAAGAACUCGUACGAUGAAAUCCUCACGAGCCUCGCCAAGCCGGGAGGGGGAGCCGACUUCGGCAAGUACUACAGCCUGCCUGCGCUCGCCGAUCCGCGGAUUGAUCGGCUACCCUACUCGAUUAGGAUUCUGCUCGAGUCGGCAAUCAGAAACUGCGACGAGUUCCAGGUCACGGGGAAGGAUGUUGAGAAGAUCCUAGACUGGGAGAACAGUGCCACCAAGCAAGUCGAAAUCCCGUUCAAGCCAGCCCGUGUCCUCCUCCAGGAUUUCACUGGUGUCCCAGCAGUUGUUGAUCUUGCUUGUAUGAGGGAUGCUAUGAGCAAACUUGGCAGUGACCCGAACAAAAUUAAUCCUCUGGUACCUGUAGACCUUGUUGUGGAUCAUUCAGUACAAGUUGAUGUGGCAAGAUCGGAGAAUGCUGUUCAGGCAAAUAUGGAGCUUGAGUUCAGCCGUAACAAGGAGCGGUUUGGAUUUUUGAAAUGGGGUUCCACUGCAUUCAAUAACAUGCUUGUUGUUCCACCUGGAUCUGGAAUUGUUCACCAGGUGAAUCUUGAAUAUCUGGCCAGGGUUGUCUUCAACAAUGGUGGGAUACUUUACCCUGAUAGUGUUGUCGGUACAGAUUCGCACACAACUAUGAUAGAUGGUCUUGGUGUUGCUGGAUGGGGAGUUGGUGGUAUAGAGGCAGAAGCUACGAUGCUUGGGCAGCCAAUGAGCAUGGUCUUGCCAGCAGUUGUUGGUUUCAAGUUAUCAGGGAAGCUGAGGAAUGGAGUUACAGCCACAGACUUGGUUCUAACAGUAACUCAAAUGCUUAGGAAACAUGGUGUUGUUGGGAAGUUUGUUGAAUUUUAUGGGGGAGGUAUGGGUGAACUAUCACUUGCUGAUAGGGCUACUAUCGCCAACAUGGCACCAGAAUAUGGUGCAACUAUGGGUUUCUUCCCAGUUGAUGCAAAGACAUUGGACUACCUGAAGCUAACUGGCAGAAGUGAUGAAACUGUGGCCAUGAUAGAGACUUACCUGCGUGCCAAUAAUAUGUUCGUCGACUACAAGCAGGUUCAAGCUGAAAGAGUGUAUUCAUCUUAUCUGGAACUUGACUUGGAUGAGGUGGAACCAUGUCUGUCCGGACCAAAACGGCCUCAUGAUAGAGUGACAUUGAAGAACAUGAAGUCAGAUUGGCUUUCUUGCCUGGACAACAAAGUAGGGUUCAAGGGUUUUGCUGUCCCCAAGGAAUCGCAGGGUAAAGUUGCUGAGUUUUCGUUCCGUGGGACGCCAGCAAAGAUAAAGCAUGGUGAUGUUGUAAUUGCGGCUAUCACCAGUUGCACCAACACAUCAAAUCCUAAUGUGAUGCUGGGAGCUGCUUUGGUUGCCAAAAAGGCUUGUGACCUAGGCCUGGAGGUGAAACCAUGGAUUAAGACAAGUCUUGCGCCAGGUUCUGGUGUUGUGAAGAAGUACUUGGACAAGAGCGGUCUGCAGAAGUAUCUUAACCAGCUUGGUUUCAAUAUUGUUGGCUAUGGGUGUACAACCUGCAUAGGAAACUCUGGAGAUCUUGAUGAAUCCGUAGCUGCUGCAAUUACCGACAAUGAUGUUGUUGCUGCUGCUGUGUUGUCUGGGAACAGGAAUUUCGAAGGCCGUGUACAUGCAUUGACCCGAGCAAAUUAUCUCGCAUCUCCUCCAUUGGUUGUGGCCUAUGCCCUUGCUGGCACGGUUAAUAUUGAUUUUGAGAAAGAACCAGUAGGCAUCUCAAAGGAUGGGAAGGAGGUUUACUUCAGGGAUAUUUGGCCUACCACUGAUGAGAUUGCUGAGGUUGUUAAGGCGAGUGUGCUCCCAGACAUGUUCAAGGGCACAUAUGAGGCAAUCACCAAAGGAAAUCCUAUGUGGAAUGAGCUGCCAGUAUCAGCAAGCACUCUCUACCCAUGGGAUCCAAAAUCAACAUACAUCCACGAGCCUCCUUAUUUCAAGGAUAUGACAAUGACCCCUCCUGGCGCACGGCCUGUGAAGGAUGCGUAUUGUCUUCUUAACUUCGGUGACAGUAUCACAACUGAUCACAUAUCCCCAGCUGGAAGCAUCCACCCAGACAGCCCAGCUGCCAAAUAUCUAAAGGAGCGCAAUGUUGAAAGGAAGGACUUCAACUCAUAUGGCAGUCGACGAGGGAACGAUGAGAUCAUGGCUAGGGGAACUUUUGCCAACAUUCGUAUUGUGAACAAGUUCUUGAAGGGAGAGGUUGGCCCCCAAACCAUCCAUGUACCAUCAGGGGAGAAGCUUGCUGUUUUUGAUGCUGCUAUGAAAUACAAGAACGAAGGGCAUGACACUAUCAUCCUGGCUGGUGCUGAGUAUGGCAGUGGAAGCUCAAGGGAUUGGGCUGCGAAGGGUCCAAUGCUUCAGGGAGUGAAGGCUGUGAUAGCCAAGAGUUUUGAGAGGAUUCACCGUAGCAAUCUCGCUGGAAUGGGCAUCGUCCCUCUAUGCUUCAAGGCUGGGGAGGAUGCCGACACUCUUGGCUUAACAGGCCAUGAGCGCUACACCAUCCAGCUUCCGACUGAUGUGAAUGAAAUCAAGCCUGGCCAAGAUGUUACGGUCACAACCGACAACGGCAAGUCGUUCACCUGCACACUCCGCUUUGACACUGAGGUGGAGCUUGCUUACUACACCCAUGGUGGUAUUCUACCAUAUGUCAUCCGAAAGAUCGCAGCCGAGCAAUAGAGAGAUGAUUGCGACGACGAGGCAAAUUGUAAUUGUUGUAAACAGUUUGUUUAGCAAGUCCUGUUUGAGGAGUACCCCCUCAAAUAACAUCUGAGAUGUCUGCAGAGAACUCGGAAAUUUUGAGCGCGUAACACGCUAGGUUUUUGUUUGAAGGCACUAUGUUAAUAAUAUGCCUCACAACUGAUGAGAUGCUUUUGCAUAUUGUAACGGUCUAUGAACACUGAGGUGGAAUCAGCCGAAGGAAUGUCCACAUUGUUUUCUCUUU